AAUGUGUAACCGGUGUCUACUCUCUUCCUGGUUGAUGUGGACCGAAGAAGUGCUGGGGUGAGGUCUGUUGUUGUAGUUAGCGGUGUCAUAAUAUGGAGAAAGUCAGGCUAUUUGGGACAGAAAAGCCAAGCGAUUCACCGAGUUAAUCAGCGUAUAAAAGCGUAUGUUACUCCGCGCUAACAGACGGUUAUUGGGGCUGCUUCCGCUUCAAACCGCCACUGUUUUGACGGAGCAGCUUCCCUUUUAGCAAACGGUAGCUGCUAAUGCUACAUGCUACCAACCAGACAGUGCGGUUUCUCUAGCUAACGGUAGCUGCUAAUGCUACAUGCUACCAGCCAGACAGUGCGGUUUCUCUAGCUAGCUAACGGUAGCUGCUAAUGCUACAUGCUACCAGCCAAACAGUGCGGGUUCUCUAGCUAGCUAACGGUAGCUGCUAAUGCUACAUGCUACCAGCCAGACAGUGCACCUGUCACCGGCUUCUUUGUGCCUCUCCUGUCGGCGUCUUCGUGUCCUGUUGUCUUCUAAGUGUCUCAACUUGUAAACAAAUAACUUUGCUUCUAGUUCAUCUGUGUUUUUUGUCGCCUUUUUGACAUUUUGGUCGCUUUUUUCAAUUUCUUUGGUUGCUUUUCCCGACGUUUUUGACGCUCGUUCCAACGGUUUAGUUGCGUUUUUUUCCCUGUUUUUUCAGUGUUCUAACUUUUUAAAGUUUUCUUGCCACCCUAUCCUCUAAGUUGCCUUAUUUCUGCUGUUUUUCGAGGUUUUAGUCGUUUAUUCCAACGUUUUACUCUCUUUUUCGCUACGUCUUUGUAGCUUUUGACGUUUUUUUUGUCGCUUUUUUAAACGUUCUUCUAAAGUUUUUGUUGCUUUUCCGACCUUUUUUAUACUUUAUUUUGUUACAUUUCUCUUAUUUGCCUUCCACAUUGAAAGUAAUGGCGUAGUAAAACCACAACAAAGAUUGAAUGACAGCUCAACAUAGUCCCACUCGUUUAUAAUGAGUCUAGUUUUUCUCUCAACGUCGAUAUAUUUCCGCCCAAUUCAUCCAAAUAAAAGUUUGAAGUGAAGAUGAACUGAUCCCUGCGUCCAGCAGACAUGUAACGGUUAGCACGGUUAGCAACGAUUGUGGUAUGAACUGUGUACAGCGCUCGCCACUGGAGACUUCCAAACACAAACAGUUUAGAGUUUAAAUCCCGAUCGAGAAGAAGAGAUGGCGUCCUCCAAAGUAAAAGUGGGACCCAGCGGGGAGAAAGAGAGUAAAAGCAGCGGUUCUGCCGAAGGCGAAGCAACUAAUACCCGGAUGUACAGCCUGGACGAGCUGGAGACCGUGGCCACAGUGGGCACCGGGACGUUUGGCCGAGUCUUCCUGGUCCGGGACAGGGAGAGCCGGGCCUUCUUCGCUCUGAAACAGAUGAAGAUCCCUGACGUGAUCCGGCUUAAGCAAGAGCAGCACGUCCACAACGAGAAGGAGGUGCUGUCAGAGGUCAACCACCCUUUCCUUAUCAGACUGUUCUGGACGCACCACGACGAGCGCUUUCUCUACAUGCUGAUGGAUUACGUGGCGGGCGGAGAGCUCUUCAGCUUCCUGCGCAGCCGUGGGCGCUUCAGCAACGCCACAGGCCUCUUCUACACUGCAGAGAUCGUCUGCGCCAUUGAGUACCUCCACGACAGAGAAAUCGUCUACCGCGACCUGAAGCCAGAGAACAUCCUGCUGGACAGCGAGGGACACAUCCGCCUCACCGACUUCGGAUUUGCCAAGAAGCUGUCCGACAGGACGUGGACUCUGUGCGGGACCCCUGAGUAUUUGGCUCCUGAAGUGAUCCAGAGUAAAGGCCACGGCCGGGCGGUGGACUGGUGGGCGCUGGGGAUCCUCGUCUUUGAGAUGCUGGCUGGAUAUCCGCCUUUCUUUGACGACAAUCCGUUUGGCAUCUAUCAGAAGAUUUUGGCGGGAAAACUGGAAUUCCCUCGUCAUCUGGACUUCUACGUCAAAGACCUCAUCAAGAAGUUUCUGGUCAUCGACCGAGCCAGACGCCUCGGCAACAUGAAGAACGGAGCAGACGAUGUAAAGAAGCAUCGCUGGUUUAAGACCGUCGACUGGGAGGCCGUUCCUCUGAGGAAACUGAAGCCUCCCAUAGUUCCCAAAGUGUCCCAUGAUGGAGACACCUCUAACUUUGACGUCUACCCCGAGGACGACUGGAAGAAAGACCCUCCUGUGCCUCCCAAGGACUUAGAGAUCUUCAAGAACUUCUGAGCCCAGAGCCCGCUUUAUUUAUUACAGACUCAGCUGAAAACCCAGGAGAGACGCAUCAGAUCGACUCCAGAUGAUUGGUGCUGUGGAUCAAACCACCGAUGGUUUGCUUCUUCUAUUUUAUUUAUCUGACUUGAAGUCUUUGCUGUUUUCUUUCUGUCUGAGCCUGCUUGUAUGCAAACCAAAAGACUGUUACUUUUUAAAUUUAAAAGACUUAAAGAGGUAGAGAAAAAUCCGGUCUUUUUUUUUAUAUAUUCUCAUGUUUUAUAUUUUCUCUCUUUUUAAAUGAUGUUCAGACUGCCAGCUGGCCAGUGGACAUGAACAAACUGUAUGUCAUUUAAAAAUCACUUCCAUCCCAGUUUGACGUGCACAACGUCUCACAGUCGGCUUUCAGUUGAGGCUACAUCUGUACUACUACGUUUCGUUUAGUAACUUUUACAUCUUGCAUCCACACUACUGGUUUCCUAACUCCAUUGAGAAAACGUUCAUUUUAAAAGUUGUUAGCCUGUCGCCAUGCCGACAGACUCUGAACUGUUGAUUCAUCAACUAGACUCAUGGUACUUCCUAGAGAAGGCACUGAAAUUAAGAAAUGUCAGCUCUUGAAAAAGAGCCCUUUUGGAAACCAUCUUUUGGUUUUGGAACAUUGGCGUGUUUUUUUCUGGAUUUACGCGUCCGCACGACUGCUACGUUUCUCAAAGACAUUUUGGAAACCUCUGCUUCCUGAUUUGGUCUCACAGCAUCAUUAAAAAAUGAAAACGUAGCCGUGUAGAAGUAGCCUGCGUGUGCUACCACACCUCCAACUGUAUUUAAACGCUAUUAUUGCAACAGCGUUCACUUCUCAUCAUCAUCGUCAUUGUUGUCAUGUAAAAAGCGGGGAACGGUGCGGGGAACCUUUAGCGCGUCGCUCUGUGGAGCUACGUCACACAGUAUUCACCUUGUCAGGCAGAAAGCUUCUUUUCAGGACAAUAAUUUGAGCCUUUAAAAAA